AUGGACACUCCAAUCCGCCGCAUCAUCGCCGAACAUGACAAAAAAGGCAAAGCCUCCUUCGUCGCCGACGAGUACCUAACCCCCUACGACCCAACAACCGCACCAGAAUUCACCACCCCAGAUGCCAAUUCCGGAUUCGGCGUGAUUCAAAUCCACCGAUCGCGCGGAUUUCCCGUGGACAAUAUGCGCCAGCUUCCCGAUCCACAUAAGACUCUCGUGCCCUUGGCCGAUACAAAGGGACCCUCUUGUCGAGUUAUCGAUCUCCCGCCCGCUGAAGCGGGGUGGAUGCAUCGGACCCUGAGCUUGGACUAUUUUGUCGUGUUGACUGGCACUGUGGGGUUGAUUACUGAUGGGGGUGUGGAGAAGGUUCUUAAACCGCAUGAUGUUGUUGUUUGUCGUGGGACGAAUCAUGAAUGGGUUAAUCGGGGACAGGAUGUUGCGAGGAUUUUUGGCGUCGUUGUGCCCAGCCAGGAGAUUGUUACUGAGGAUGGGGUGAGGUUGGAGAAGACGGCUGCUGGGCCUAUUUAUGAUCCUGAAGAGGAGUGA